UGGCAACCCUACUUUCUUCCUCUUUCAUUCUUCGAAAUCCCCAUCUUCAAAAUGCUUCAUCAUCUAACACUAAUUCAAGUAGGUCUCACCACCCUAUGAACAUGGCAGCCAAAUCUUCUUUCACCACAUUUCACCACCACAAAAACACACCAACAAAUACAAAUCAAACUAUCAAGAUUAAUCCAAAACCCUCCAAAACGCCACUACUUGCAAUCAUCUUCACCACACUAGAAAAUUUCAUAUGCGAUUUCAUAGAUCUACCCCUUCACCCCUCUCUCGACCCCAAACACGUCCUCUCCGGCAACUUCGCUCCGGUGGAGGAGCUCCCCCCCACCGCCUGCAACGCGGUGGAGGGCUCCCUCCCCAGCUGCCUCGACGGCGGAGCCUACAUCCGCAACGGCCCAAACCCUCAAUUCAUCACGAAGGGGCCCUACCAUUUCUUCGAGGGCGACGGGAUGCUUCACAUGAUCAAAUUCUGUGGUGGCAAAGCUACAUUCUGCUGCCGCUACGUCAACACGCACAAAUACACAGUGGAGCGUGAAAUGGGGCACCGUUUCGUUCCAAGCAUUUUCUCCUCCUUCAGUGGCGGCCUCUUAGCUUCCAUCUCCCGAUUUCUGCUAACUACAGCUCGGAUUCUCGCCGGCCACUUCGAUCCCAUCAAUCACGGCUUUGGCACCGCCAACACCAGUUUAGCCCUAAUUUCCGGCCGGCUCUUCGCCCUCUGCGAGUCCGAUCUCCCCUACGCCGUCAAUGUAACGGCGGAGGGAGAUAUAACGACCCUCGGCCGCCAUGAUUUCGGAGCUUCCGAGCCGUUUUCUAGAAUGACGGCGCACCCAAAAGUCGAUGGAGUCACCGGAGAAGCCUUCGCCUAUGAAUACGGCAGCAGCCCUCCAUUCCUGACCUAUUUCCGGAUCGAUUCAAAUGGAAGAAAGAAUAAAUCUGUGCCUAUAUAUUCGGUAGAGAAGCCUAUCUCGAUUCACGACUUCGCGGUGACGGACAAGUACGCCGUGAUCCCGGACAUGCAGAUUGUGGUGAACCCGUGGUCGAUUUUGAGGGGGAGAUCGCCGGUGGGGGUUGAUCGGGAGAAGGUGGCGCGGCUGGGGGUUAUUCCGAGAUACGCCGAGGAUGAGGAGGAGAUGGUGUGGAUUGAGGCGCCGGGGUUCAACCCUCUGCACUGCGUGAAUGCAUGGGAUCAAGACGGCGGCGACACCGUGUGCGUGGUGGCGACGAAUGCAGUGGCGGUGGAUCGGUUGUUGGAGAACAUUGAUUGUGCGGAGAUGACCAUGGAAAUGGUUGUGAUGAAUGUGAAGGCGAAGACGGCAGAGAGACAUAGGUUGUGCAAUGAGUUUCUUGAAUUUGGAGUUAUCAACCCUGCUUAUGCUGCAAACAAAAACAGGUACAUUUAUGCAGUAAUACUAGGCGAGAAACGGUCAGUGGGGGUGGUGAAGCUAGACCUAUCCCUACUAAACAAGGAAGUUGGCGGCGAUUGCACGGUGGCCUGCCGCCGGUUUGAGCCGGGAUGCCAUGGAGGCGAACCGUUUUUCGUGGCGAGGGAGCCAAACAAUCCAGCGGCCGAGGAAGACGACGGCUAUUUAGUGGCGUAUUUUCACUAUGGUAAUACUCAAGAAUCCAAGUUUGUAGUAAUGGAUGCCAAGUCUCCUACUCUCGAAAUAAUCGCCGCCGUGAAGCUGCCGCAGCGCAUGCCCAUGGGCUUCCACGGCCUCUUUAUGUCGGAGGCUGACCUUAUAAAUAGUUGUAUUAAAUGAAAGUUGAAAGUAAUGGCCACUUUGAGAUUUUGGACUUUUUAUUUGGUUUUUGUAGCAAACUAAAAUACUAAAUGAA